AAGUCUCAGAGAACCAUCCUCACCAUUGAUAACCUUCUCGAAGUCUCGUCCUUGAGAUUCAUACGUCACUGACAACACAGAGAGCCAAAAACUGCACGCAGCAGCAGUUCUCGAAGUCUUCAGCACAUGCACACGAAUAUGGUUCCGAAAGUCAGAUGGAGCUCGUGCUUGUUCUCCAUGUUUGUCUCAGGUUCUAGUUCCAACUAGGAGACUAUUGACAGCACUCGAACUCCCUUGACAGCAGCUGCUAAAGGAAGGAAUCGAUACGAGUAUGAUGACAAAUCCAAAGCUACAAUUUCGUUUUACCAAGACUCCAUCUUGAGUAUGUUAGUACAGGGCAUCCAUGGACCUCUUAGCACAGGCUUUCAUUGCCCCUGCCUGAUCCGAUCAAAGCGACUUGUUCGAAUCCCAGUAUGCCUUUCGUUCAUCAUGUCGAUCUGCGCAGGGCCAGGAGAAAAUACUUACUGCAAAUAACGCCCUCGAUCACAAGCAAUCAAGCGCUGGAAAGUAGUUAUUUAUCUGCAGCACACCAGUUACUUCAGAUGCUGAACUGAAUGGAAAGGUCCUCCUCCUUAGUAAAGCAUCUAAGCGUAUUCUGAAAUCUUGUGAGCUAAACUGGUUCUUCAAAGGUGUGGGAUCUCGUGAGACAACAAUCGUUGAAAUCAAAUGUUGAACGUGAAUCAAUAUCGGCUCUACAAACCGUUCCAAUCCAGAUCUCAGCUCUAUCUCUACUCUACCACCAGCAUGUCUUCAAUGCAGAGCGCCAAGGACGCCACCAAGGACACCACCGAGCAGACCAAGAACUACGGAGUUGUGAAGGCCGGCCAUGGUCAGGAAGGACACACGACCAAGGAUAAGGCCUCAGAAGGCAAGCACAACACUGUCUCAGCUCUGAACCAGGCCGGUGGGAAGGCGGAUGUCGGUGCAAAGGAAACGGCCACUGGCAAGAACUAGCAAGCUCUUAGACUUCAGUACAGAAGUCUAAUGGUGAAUACUUGAAUAAGCUGGCUCAGGAUCGUGUUCUGUCAGAGAUGAGAGAUGCCCACGGACGUCCUCCUUGUACAGGGCCUCAAUUCCGUGGCCAUGGUGGAGUCAUUUCAGAAGCUUUAUAUGUAUAUUUCAUGAAAGGCAAGCACUCUUCUCUGAGUAAGAGUCCCGUUAUCCUUUCCUGGGGGAAGAUUGUACUCUUUUACUGUAUAGAUGAUAAUCAAUAAAAGAUUCAC